AUGGAGCCAUACGGUCUGGGGCGACUACGAAAGGCUAUGAAUGCCAAGCUCAAAGACAAUGACGAGCCCACAUUCAAGAAUAGUCCGCCUGUGGUCCAGAAUAACACGCACAAGACCACGGUUGCCCGUUUUGCGCACAACAUCUUCCGGUACAUCGCCAAUGGUGAGCGCACAUUCGUGGUCGUCCAAGACCAUCUCAAAGAGCAUCAUUCGCAAGUAUGCGCCGCUUUCGCAACGCCAAACAAGGCAAUAUACAAGGACGACAAAAACGACGCGACAAGAAAAUCAUGGCUGUGCAAGAUGCUCCGAAUAGCGCCCAGCUAUUUGUUCGCCAAUUGGAUGGCUGAAUUGGACUACAACGCCGCCAUGAGGCUCCAGAAUCUUCUUCAGAUUCGAGUGUCCAACGAAAACCGCCCGUUGGAUAUUGACACCGAACUUGUCGCUGCUGCAAGAGCUGCGAACACAUCAACCAAGCGAACCCGGUCAGUAUGGGACUUGUCGUUAGCAGAACGCCAACAACUCUACGACAAAUGGGUGAAGGAGAUCACCCUCGAUGCCAUCCGAGACCGAUUCGUCGAAUUAGUCUUCCUGCUCAAGCGUUGCGAGAGAAGAGAGAACUACCUCGGAUUGUUGUCUGAUGCUAACGCCUUUGAGUCGCUCGGAAAGAACCUUGUCGCAUGUACGGCUUCCUUUGCGAUUCAGAAUUUUAAACUCAUAAACACGUUGUCUCCGUCAGUGCUUCUCAUCGACGAAGGAGGCUUAUGGCCGUACAUAGCACAGCUAUGCAUGUUCGGCAUAAAAUCUCUGCAGCAGAUGCACCUCGUCGGCGCUCACGUUCAGCUGGGUUACCGUCCGACGCAGCCAGCCCUCGGCAGACCGCCAUACAACUUGGCAAUCUCUUACAUGGAGGAGAUGCACCACAACGAAUUGUCCAACACAACCUCGCUUGACGUACAGCACCGCGUUGAAGGUCGUGUACACUGGGGGGAUAAUUCUCUUCCGCAGCGUGACCAUACGAGUCAUGGUCAACGCAAGUUGGCGACGAAUGCUGCGGUUGCUGUUCAGAAGGAUACGUUCAAGGCUUGGGUCAAUGAGCUCGAGGCUGAUAUGACGCUCAAGUUAUCGAGUGUCCUGAGACAAAAUGGUGUGGAAGUACUCAGAGAACUUAUCGUUUUGGUCGCUGUUCCCCAAGCCGUUGACGGUGGCGUCGUCAAGGCUGUCACCAAUGAUCAUCGACUUUGUGUGCUGCGGCUUGGCAAGCAGUUCCGCGACCAAGACGAAAUGGAGCUAUUCGAUCGAAGCGCUUGUGCGUGGACGUGA